UAUCGUGUGGAAAUUUGAAGCAGCAGCCAAAUACUCUGAACGUGACGUCGACACGCCGAGCCCCUCAAAUCGCGGGGUCCGAGGCGGUCGCCCCGAUUAGCCGUACCCUUAGGAGCGGCUUUGUAUAGAGCUAAUGAGAGUUAAAGACUGCACUUAACACCUGGGUACCUGAUUACGCGAAUACAAAAAAAUGAUGACCAGUUUCUAAGUGGGCAUAGGAAUAAUUACCUAAGAGUAGCUAUUGAGUACCAAAAUAAACCCACUAAAUAAACGAAUUUACAUUCAAAGUUAAAUCAUAAAAUGUUGCUGGCACAACGCAUUUUGGGUAAGUUUGUUCUCGUUAGGACAAACAAGGCACCAUUCCUGGGCGCAAUUAGCAUUUGCUGCUUCGCACUCCCGGCUCCGCGAUCUUGGCCACAUUUUGUGCCGAGCCCAGGCGGAGAGAGAGCGGCACCGCUCGCGCGCGGGGUGGAGGCGGCGCUCGAAGCCACCAACCCCGAGGCCUCGCCGUGAGCAGCCGGACAAAACUACAGCGCGUGAAUUUGUUUACGAUUUGGAGCAGCCAGUGCCAAUGUGAGUACCUACCGACAGCCAUUGUGGGGGUAAUUUAUCCCAGCAGCGACGACGAACGGCUUAAACUCCGUACUCUAGCACUCGAUCUUUGUGUGUGUGGAUAUUGUUGCCACAUCAUCAUUGCCUGUGUCGACUUAGCCCAAGUGUCCUAGCUGAAAGCUGCGCAAAGUGUACAUCUGAUGCUCAUUCCGUAACUCAAUGGCAAUGGGUUCAUUGCGUGCGGAGGCAUUUAUCGGUGAACAAGCUCCAUCUGUCACGGUUAGUAACGUUCAUCUGUGACAAUGUCCAGCCGGUACCUAAAACAAGCCAAGUAUAUUAAUUUCACAUCGGUGGAUUCCGUUCGUCAUCUGAAUACAAAAACAAAUCAGUAGACUGCCGUGUUAUAGGCAACGUCGUGCUGUAUUGUUAUUGCAUACAUAUCCAAGAUAGAAAAGAGCUGAACUUCCACGGCUGUCGACAUGGACUACACCUAGAGCUGUCUCUUAAUUACUCCUCUCUCGUGAUGUACAAAUGAGAUCGCAGUGGCUUUGGAAAGAAGAAGAAGAAGCCAUAGAAAACGAAGACCCCAAGAGGUUCACAACUUAAUUAGCAACAACGGCAAAAAUCAACGCUGGGGCCAGAAUCGGACAGAAGAUUGAUCUCGUGGUCGUCCUUGGCUGGCACCGCCACCGUCUUUGCGGACCCGCACGGACAUGGGCAGCAGUGACCACAGUGGGCCUCUCUCGGAGGAGCACGCGAAGUGCCGCGUGUGGAGCCGCGGGACCGAGGGGGCCGUGUUCCAGCUGGCCUCCGUCUUCAUGCUGCUGGGCGCGAUGGGGGGCUCGGGGCUCGCCGGCCGCCUCUACUCGUACGGCCUCCUGGGAGCCGCCUUCCUCUGCCUCGUCGUCUGGGCCUGGGUCGACGCUUGCGCCAUCGACGCGUUCGGGUGGAACUUCUUGCUGCUCGCGGCGUGCCUCGGCCAGGUGUUUUAUCUCGCAUACCAACUGAGACCGGUGCAGUUGGACCAAGCCUUUGAAGAACUUUACACGAGCAUCUUUCAGCCUCUCCAGGUACCACGGGAAGCCUUCCGCAGGGUCAUGGCGUGCAGCGCCCAAGAGGUUCUGCUUCUCAAGCCCCACCACCUCUAUGCCAUGGAGGGCAUCACACCCAUCGACAGGCUGUCCAUCCUCCUCACUGGCAGGAUAAGGGUGACUGUGGAAGGCCAGUUUCUGCACUUCAUCCAUCCCUACCAGUUCCUGGAUGCCCCAGAAUGGGAGUCCCUGAGGCCAUCGGAAGAUGGGAAGUUCCAGGUGACGCUGACGGCCGACACAACCUGCUGCUUCGUGUCGUGGCGCCGCAGGGACCUGUACCUGCUGCUGGCAAGCGACCGCUACAUGGCGCGCCUCUUCUCCCUGCUCAUCGGCCACGACAUCGCCGAGAAGCUCUACCUGCUCAACCAGCGCCUCGGCGGCCCGCGGGGGGCCUCCCGCUUCGACGUGCGGCUGCCCGGCCUCGAUCGCGACGCCGACGACGGUGAUGGCUGCACGAGCGUCGCUCCGGCGAACCGCGUGCAGCGCGGGAAACCCGGCGGCGGCGGCGGCGGCCGCACGGUGGACGAGCCGCGCGCGGGCAACGUCGGCGACCCGACCUGGGCUGAGCCACGGAGGGAGGAGGGCCCCCACGUGAGACCCACGCGCAGUUCUCAGGGGGGGCGGCCGGCGACGGGAGAGCGCGCGCCCAGGUUGGUGCGGCGCGACGAGUCCCCUCUGGUCGCCGCGGACGGGCGAGGAGAGUUGCUACUGAGGGCACAACGCUCGGAGGAGGCACGGUCGUCGACGCAGACUCUGAACCUCUGACCGGCGUGUGCCCGGAGGAGGUGGCUUUCCGUUGGCGCUACAAACGCUGCCGUGAGCUUUGAAGUUCGGUUUAUACGCAGAGAACUCAAUUUUCACAAGCACUCUACUCGUACCUGGCUUACGAUCGCCGUUACAAAACGCCACCAUAGAUUUUGAAAUGUACCCGAGAAAUAUUCCUUUACAAGAACACGUUCCUGGCUUUACGAACGCCAUUUACAAACAUUGUCAUGUAACUAGACACACGAAACACAUUUUCGACAACAAUUCUGUGACACCUUGUCUCCCCGCUGUAGUUUAGUCACCUGUUUCGAUCAACCAUGAAGAAUAUUACUGUAUCCAUCUACAAGUUCACGAUCCCACCCCUGUCUACGACGAAGCAAUGAAGAUAAAUCAUGCACGUGUAUGGUUUACGUAACGCUUCGCAAACAUGCGUUUGUCCUCUUAAAUAUAUAUUUUUUGCAACACGGAAGCCAGCGGGGCAGCUUACAGGGCAAAAAGAGAUGAGCGUGUUUGCAAGCUGCCCCUUUCAGUGUUGGUUUUGUGUCUGCAAGUUUUGGGUAACCCUUGGGCUGGUUUUAAUAGUCCAUUAUCGCAACACAACUUUCAACCACAGGUUCAUUCAUAUUGGAUUAUCUCGAUGAGAGUUGCCAUGUCCUGCUAUUAUGGACACAGACGGGCGGACGUGAAGUCCCCACACCUCCAAUCAGCAUGGUUGGCGACGUGCGGUGCGAAAGAAGUUCAAGAUACAUCUCUACAAGACAGAGCGCUGGUGCACAGAGCGCUGGUGCACAUGCUGAUACCCAAAACUUUAGCUUGCUUUACUGCACACGUUUCACUUAUACGGCAGUGUCAGUCAAUUGUGGAUAGUUUCAGGAGAUAGGUCUGCACUGUAGUUAAUGAACGGUGACGGUCAUUACCAGAAACAGUAACAUCUUGACAUAUUAUUUUCGUAUCUGCUGAUGUGGCGGUGUUUGUUAUACACAAACGAUGAACAGUUGAGAGUCCACGCUUUUGAAAAAUGCGAUCGCAUAUUUUCUGAGAUCAUGCUGCACACCAAUUGGGAAAUGAUUCACCAUCCUUUCCCUGAAAUUUGAUUGGAAAAAUCUAAUUGUGUAUUCAUCUCACUUCUGUCUGUUUGUGUCUCCUGCUCUGCGAGGUACGUCUCAUCCUGCCUUAUGUGUUCCACAGCUUUAAAAUAAAGUUCGCAUUUGCACGUGAUUUUAAUAUGAAAUAAUUUAUUUUGUCAUAGACUUAAAGUAUAAUUUAAUUAAAAUAAUCAAUUAUUAUUUACAUGCCUAGACUUGCAGAUGGCUGGACUGUUUGACCAUACUUCACCACAGUGGUCAGUGUGGGUUAUUGCAGGCAGGGGGCCCUGGACUGGUUCAGUAUCACUCGCAACUGAUGUUAGCCGUGGCUCAGAUUGCCAGUUCCAUAGUGCAGUGCGUUGACCAACGCAUGACUAAUACACCCCACACCUCGGGCAUAAAAUAAUCAUAUACUAAAGACCUUUUCAAAUCCACUGCUGGAUGAUGCCCCCCCCCAUACCAAGUUUGUGAAUGUACGUAUGUUGAACCUAUUUCGCAUUGUACCUAGCCAACCGUACUAAUUGGAGGUGCGGGGGAAGGACAACAAUU